GGCCCGGCGUUGCUGCCCGUUACCAUGUCCCUGUCUAGCAGAGGCGAGCAGGAGAGGCGCGGCAGCCUGAAGAGGCACCGUAGCCACAGCGAGUCCUUGCCGGGCAGCAGCGGCAGCUCCAGCGGCAGCAGCAGCAAAGGGCUGGACCGCAAAGAGCAGAAGAAGAAGAGGCGCGAGGUGCAGCAGAUCCAGCAGAUCCAGCACCUGGAGUCCUUCUAUGAGAAACUUCCUCCUGGGCUGAUUAAGGAAAAUGAGACAAAACCAGAGGACUGCAUUCCUGAUGUGCCUGGUAAUGAAAACGCACGCGAAUUCCUUGCACACGCGCCGACAAAGGGGCUCUGGAUGCCGCUAGGGAAAGAGGUGAAAGUUAUGCAGUGCUGGAGAUGUAAACGUUACGGACACAGAACAGGGGAUAAAGAAUGUCCUUUCUUCAUCAAAGGCAAUCAGAAGCUUGAACAAUUCAGAGUAGCACAUGAAGACCCGAUGUAUGAUAUAAUAAGGGAAAAUAAGCGUCAUGAGAAAGAAAUGCGGAUACAGCAGCUAAAGCAGCUGCUCGAAGACUCCACUUCAGAUGAAGAUAGCAGCAGCAGCAACAGUUCUAGUUCUUCAGAGGGUAAGGAAAAGCACAAAAAAAAGAAAAAGAAAAAAGAGACGAAGAAGAAGAAGAAAAGAAAGCACAAAUCUUCCAAAUCAGAUAGGAGGUCAGAAUCGGACUGAGGUGAUGUUGCCACUGUGACAAACUCUGAAGUGUUGUGAAGCAUCCAAAUCCUCUUCAAAGAGCUUUGGAAUCGUUUCAGUACAAUCUGCAGGCAUAUUUUGCAAGUCGCCUUAUCAAGAAGCUCUCCCACUGUCUCUUUGUAUUACAUUUUUCACCCAGUUAAGAUUUAAAAAACAAUUUGAUGGUUUGGUGCAAGACCCACUAUGAAAAAGAAUUUACCUACAGUAUGCAUGUGCUGGUUUUCCUUGUGAGUUUCCUUUUUAGAGGCUACUGGCUUGCACACCCUUAUAUAGAGAGGCUAAGAAGCUAGAAGCCAUUUGGCAGCAAUGUGUUAAUCUGGGAUCCAGGUUGGGCAAGGGAGAUGUUUUUAAUAGGGAAGCUUGCAAAAAUACUGCCACUGGGUAUGCACCAGAACCUCUGGGUUGUGUGGUUUAGGAGAAUAUACAGGUGGACAAUUGCUUUAGAGUCAGAAAAGCGAAAUCUCUGCUCUGUGGCACAUGGCAGGCUAAGAAGGGUUAUUUCUGGCCCACAAGACUUACAUGCUCUGAAACAAAGGCUGGAGGCUGCCAGAACAACGGGAUUUUGUGUGGAUUUCACACUGCGGAACUUUGAAUGAGAACAGUAUGCUUGUUUAGCACAACAAACUGAUCUUGACUUCUCAAAAACCAUGGUUUGUACCUUGUAAUUCAAGGAGAUGAUUUGUGACUACAAUUUUAUUUUGAUGGAAACAGGAUUAUGCCCCGUUGAACUUAAAUCUGGCCUGUACAACUUGUCGCCUUCUUGGCCAGACGUGCUCUGCUAGCUCUGGAUGGUAGGAAGCUCCAUGAAAUUUCAGUGGUGGCUCCAUACUUGGAUCUAUGAAAACAGUUGGUGGUUAUCAAACCCUUAUUUCAAGAGUAGAUUGGCUGUUUUAACUUACUGGAAAAGUUCCUUGAGGGCCACUUGUGGCCAGGAGAAAGUAGAGCCAAGCCCCAGCCGCUCUGCCAGGAGCUGCUUGGCUCUGACCUUUCGGGAGCAACCAUGAUUGGUGUCAGUUGACCAAUUGCCUCCUUCCCACACGGCCACUGCUUGGCUUGUGCACUCCAAGGGCUGUACAGCUUGGCUUCCUCCAGGACUGUUUUAAUUCCCCAGUUCACCCGAGACUUGGUCAGACCCUCUACACAACUGAGGGGGAUGCACGUGGCUUAAAUUAUACAAGGCUUAACCUCAUCCUCUGUGUCAUCUGAGUUAACUAGAAGAUUGGGUCUUGUUCUGAUAAUUCGGUUAUCUGAAAACUUAAUGUAUAUGAGGUAGUGUCAUGUCAAGCUUUCAGUUGUGCCGUGCUCGGUGUUGGCUGUGACAAAAUGAUAUAACUCGAGAUUCAUGAACAUUUGGUUGGAUCCUCUGAUGUUCUUCUGCAGCAUUAUUCCACCUAAGUCUUUGUUGGAUGGAGAAAGACUUGGCAGAACGGGAAGCUAAGGAAAAGCAGUAAUGUUAAUGCUCUAUUGCAGCUGCAUUAUAUAAAAGCAUUUGGAUUUGAAGAAUCCCAGCCAAUGCAAUAGAAAUCUGUUGCAACUUCUGUUGUGAUUCCCCCCUGCAGACUGUAGAUUUUAAACACCCUAUUUAAAAUAAUUCUACUGCCCUAUCAAAUGGAAUUCCCAAGCAUUAAAAGCCAUCUUGCUAAUAUUUGGAUAUGGUCAACAGCAAAUAAACUGGCUGUUGCAAAACAGCCUUAAAAAUAAGCUACAUUUUCUGUAAUACAGGUUUGCAAGAUUUAUUGUUUGGAUAUAUUGGGGAAAUUUCAGCGAACUAUUAUAAAUUAUUCCAGCUUUAUGUAAUGAUUCUAUGUCAUGUUGGAUUUUUUUUUUUGCAUAGGAAGAUGCCUUAUAAGAACACUAGAACUGAUCAGUGCUGCAUCUGGUUUGUCUAAUAAAAGAGUAUCUCAUGCAUCUGCAAAAAUUAAAAAGGAAUAUUGUGGCAACUUAAAGACCAACAGAUUUAUAGUGGCAUAAGCUUUUAUUGUCUAGAGGCCACUUCAUAGAUGUAUGAAGUGUGUCCUCGGUGGACAUACAUAUACAUGCACGGAUACACAGAGUGCCUGUAACAUUUCUGUGCAAUGUUCAAAUACUCACAAAAUUCGUAUAGUGAACUCCCCUCCAAAGAGUAAAAAGCGUAACACAGUCCUGCUAGUGUUGCUAAAAUGAUUUAGGAUCGGUAGCAUGCAAAGAAAACAAUACUGCAACGGGGUGCUAAUUGGAUAGAGCCAUAUUUGCUGAUAGAUUCUAAUUCAGCAGCUUCACAUGAAGUCUCCCUUUGAAGUUCUUCUGUUGAAGAAUGGAUCUUUCAAAUCAACAUCAGUGACCUGGCCAAUUGAAAUAUUUUCCCCAUUGGUUUUUAAAAGUGACUAUGGUUUGUACCUGGUAAAGUUGCUGUUUAUCAGGAGGUCUGAAUACAACCACCCCAUACAGCACCGUCCCUCUUAGCCUCCUCCACACAGAGAGGGAAGCACCGACCAACAGAGAGUCUUGCUGCACCUGCGACCUUCACCUUUCAGAAGUGCUUUUUAAGAUGCACCCUCCACCCAUCAACUCCCCCCCCCCUCAGCCAACUAGGGAUGACACUCAGCCAAGAAUAUGCAUCAGAGUUUUCAGCCUCUCCCCAAGCGAAAUUUAAGAGGCAAUGAAAUGGUAACAGAGAAGGAGGCUGGGGGAGUAGAAGGACCAUUUCACAGCUGAGAAGUUCAGGCAUUCAGUUAAACAGCUAAGUGGAGAGGGAGACCAAUGGUCAUCGGCAGAUAGGAGGCAUGGCUUGUGCCAUCAGCCCAACAGCACAUGAGAGCUUAAGAAAGCACCCAAAGAGCCUCCUUGGAGAUGGGAAAUGAGGCAAGCAGAAACAACUGGGAUUUACAAAUCGUGGUCUGUUAUGCAUGGCAAUAAGGGGGUCUUGCAAAGCAGUUUAAACCAAGUAUGUUAUGACAUCUGAAUGCAUUCAUUCGUUUCUGCCCUUUCAAGAUUGCCGCUGUUCAGUACUGAAGUUAGUCACAUCUACAUAGGUUUCAAUAAGUCUUACAAGACACCAGAUUUGUGCAACUUUAAAUUUUAAUAGUAUUUUAAACAACACAAUAAACACCUUUAAUUUAAUGCCUGACUUUAAUACAUUUCAUUUUCCAGCAUGUACUCAGGAACCUUGCCUUUGGAGUGCAAAAUAAAUCUUGCUGAGUUGCUUACAAAAGAUAAGUGAUCUGGAUGAUACACGGAAAUAUUAGCACUUUCAUAGUUCUGUUGACCAUCAUUUAUAGAGAGAUCUUUUUGCUCCAUACACUGUACAAAGAAAUUAAGGAAUGUUAAUAUUUCCUUCUUUUUAAGUAUGCACUUGUUCUUUAGCAAUGGAUUCUAUGAGUUUAAGAUUGAGUCUCUCUAAAUAACAUGUCUUACAUGAGGACACUCAAGUGUAGGGAGACAAUGUUAGCCAGGAAGCGUAGUGUCAAUUUCACCUUUCUACUGGAGGAUAGUUUAAAAGGACAGAGCCUCAGAGAUUUUCUUAAUUUCAUCUUCUCCUCCACAAGGGGAAGUGAAAUUGACAGCCUUCUGGGAGACUUUUGGGAGGAAAAGAUGAAAUUAAACUCUCUGAGGAGAGAUCUUUGCUGGCUCUGUCUUUUACAACUACUGGCCUGCAGAGAUGUGAAAUUGACAGAGCCUUCCUCUGUCUUUAAACUAUGUUUCCCAGCUAACAUUGUAUCUUCCUACACUUGAGCAUAAAGAGACUCAUUGACUCAAGAUUCACCUGUAGUCUUACGUAUGAGAGAUGCCUCAAGAUAGGUCACAUUCAGGGCUGCAGAGAAUGAAACAUGGUUAUCCUGGUAGAAACCCACUCUAAAUGGUGUAUUCCUUUUUGCAACAUUAUUCCACAUGUAUCCUCUGUAGCCCAGUAAGAACUAUAUCAAUAGUUGGGCCAAUUAAAAUGCUUUUCCAGGCAUUUAAAGCCUUCAUCUCAGUCCACUUUGCUAGGAUUACCCAGCAUCCCUUAAAGGAAAUCCCCCACACACAGACACAAGAUAAUUCUUUUAUUCCAAAACAAUACUAGGCACAAUAUAAACAGAUCUACAGAGCUGCUCUAGCAUAGUGGUUAAGUGGCUGGGUUCCGAGCCAACAUUUUGCUAGUUCAGCUCCUACUACUGCCAUGAACUCUGUAGGUGGCCUUGGGUAAGCAAUCCCUCUCAGCCCCAGCUCCCCAGCUGUAUUGCGGGGAUAAUACUAACAUUGACUUUGUUCACUGCUCUUAGUGUGACACUAAUCUGUCCAUAAGGGCAGUAUAUAAGCACACUUAUUAUCUCGCUGUGAACAUAAGCCCAGUACCUAAUGCAGACAGAUUCAGAAUAUGAAGGACAGAUUGGUAUGUUUAGCUGCUAAAGUACAGAUUUACUCCCAUUAAAGCUAUUAACCAAGGAAUGUACAGUAAAACUUAAAAUCUCAUUGCUUAUCUAUGUUGCAAGAUGUACAAUCCAUCGGUUCCAAGUAUCUAGGUUUUCCGUUCUAUGCUGUACACAUUUAAUGCAAUACAAUGUGUCAAGUUUUGUAUGCACCAUUCAA